CAAACAGAGGAAGAGUGGAGAAACAGAGGACAUGCUAUAAAAUAAAAUAAAAUAAAAUAACUAAAACGCUACAGUUUCAAAGGCACGAGGUAAAAACAACGAACAUUUAACUGUUUACAGUCUGUUUCACUCAUUUGGAGACAUGGACAGCGGACAGUAUGCUUACGCCCGGGAGUACUUCGAUCGCUUUGUCCAGAGUCAGGACUCCUCGGUCGUGAAUAAGUUUCAGCAGAGAUACUGGAAGACCAAACAGACGCUGAUUAAAGUGACGGGGAAGAAAGAGGACGAGCAUGUGGUCGCGUCGGACGCAGACCUCGAUGCCAAGCUGGAGGUUUUCCACUCGGUGCAGAGGACAUGCAUGGAGCUCCUCAAAGUGAUAGAACAAUACCAGAGGAGAAUCUGUGUUCUGUCUCAGGAGGAGAACGAGUUGGGGCGCUUCCUGCGCUCUCAGGGCUCCCAGGACAAAAGCCGAGCGGGGAAGAUCAUGCAGGCGACAGGGAAAGCCCUCUGCUUCUCCUCUCAGCAGAGGCUGGCGUUGCGUGUCCCGCUCUGCCGCCUGUACCAGGAAGUGGAGACGUUCCGCUACCGAGCCAUCUCGGACACGUGGCUCACCGUGAACAGGAUGGAGCAGGCGAGGACGGAGUACCGUGGAGCUCUGCUGUGGAUGAAGGACAUCUCGCAGGAGUUGGACCCCGACACACACAAGCAGAUGGAGAAGUUCCGCAAGGUUCAGGCUCAGGUGCGUCUCACUAAGACCGGUUUUGACAAGCUGAAGAACGACGUUUGUCAGAAGGUGGAUUUACUGGGAGCCAGUCGAUGUAACCUGCUCUCUUACGUCCUCACGAACUACCAGACUACGCUGCUGCAUUUCUGGGAGAAAACGUCUCACACCAUGGCCGCCAUUCACGAGAGCUUCAAAGGCUGCCAACCGCACGAGCUCUCGGCGCAGAAGGAGAAUAAAGGAUCUGAUCCGGGAGCAAAGAAACGGACGAAGAAAAAAACCAAGACGAAAACGGAGCAAGAGGGGCCGAGUCCCGCCGUAGAAGACACGCUGAUUUCCCUGGACGAUGAGGAUCUGAAUAAGGACGCGACUCAGUCAGGAGCCGGCGAGGAGCCGCCGUGUGGCGUAGGAGCUCAGGAGAAGGACGCACUGAGCGCGCUCACCGAGAUCCUCAGCUCCAGUUCAGUGGAGGACGCCGAUUUCUCCCGAGAGUGGAGGGACGUGUUCGGGGAGGACGAGAGCGUGGAUGGAGGGACGUCUGCCGUCACAGAUGCUCAGCCUGGAAAGGAGGACGAGGAGGAAGAGUCGUUCUUCUUACCAUCACAACUCCUCGACCAGAACCUCCACAACCUGCAGUCCGCAGUGUCGGGAUGGAUUAUGGGUAAUUCACAAAGCUGCCCAGGGCCGAGUGAUCAGACCGCGGGAGCCAAUCAGAUCACAUCCAAACCGACAGCAAGGGACACCAGUGAAAGUGUGAAGGAUCGCUUUGCGUGGUUCAACCUGUUCGCUGAUCUGGAUCCUCUCACCAACCCAGACGCAGUCGGCCGAACAGACAAGGAGCACGAGCUCUUUACUGCAUAAGAGCAAAGUCCUUCAAGUAAAUUCCAUCCACUCUGCGGCCAUCUUAGAUACACUCUAAGCAUCUAAACGUCAUCUAUUUAAAAUGAGGAGAGACGCAUACAGUCGUGUGAAAAAAUAAGUACACCGCAUGGAAAUCGUUGGCUUUUUUUUUUUUUGAUAUAUAUGGACAAGCAACCAUUCGAUCAUUUUUGAAACAGUGCCUAUUAAAAAAGUUGAUCUACUUGAAGAAAACCGCAGGGAAAACCAGGUUUUUCAGUCAUUUAAUUCAACAGAAAUAUCAAUAGAUGUGAUAUUCUUCUGUGGAAAAAGUAAGUACACCCUUGGCGUCAGAAGCUAGUAUUGCGUCCUUUAGCAGAAGCCUGCUUCUUGUAGGCGUUUUGUGUAAUUGUCCAACCGGCUUGCUGGAAAUUUUUUACCGCUCUUCCAUGCGAUGUUCUUUCAGUUGCGAGAUGUUUGAAGGUUUUCUUGCAUGUUCUGCCCGUUUCAAAUCCUCCCAGAACAUCUCAAUGGGAUUCAAAUCCCGGCUUUGAUUAGGCCGUUCCAUAACCUCCUGUUUAGUGUCCGGGGGGAAAAUAAAAAAAUUAAAAAACACACAGAAAUGUAUGAAAUGUUCGUAUUAUGGUCUAAAGAAACUUUUGGGAACUAGUAAAUUCCCACUCAAUCCCAAAUUUAGUCAGUGUUUGUUAGCUAGCUGUCAACAUUUCAUACAGUCACUGUAGCAACCUGAAAGAAAUGUGGGCAUAUUGUGUUUUGGUAUCUACAGUCGUGUGGAAAAAAUAAGUACACCCCAUGGAAAUCGGGGUUUAUGGUAAAUGGAAAUUUACAUAUUUGGAUUUUGCAAACAUUUGAUCCUCUUUGAAGUAACGCCUAUUAAUUCAUAAAGUUGAUAUACUUGAACAAAACUUGAAGGUUACGUCAAGGUUGUGGAUGCCUAUGAGUCGGGCAAGGGAUUUAAAAAGAUCUCCAACUGAUUUGAAAUACAUCGUUCCACUGUAAGGAAAAAUCAUCUACAAAUGGUGCGGAUUUCAAGAACGACAAAUUCAGCCCAAGAUCAGACCGUCUGAUGCAAAAAGAAGUCUCCAAGAACCCCAAUAUUUCAUCACAGGAUCUGCUAGUAAGUCUUGUGACUGUUGGUGUCAAAGUGCAUGCUUCUAUAAUCAGAAAGAGACUGCGCAAAUUUGACCUGCACGGGAGGUGAGCCAGGAAAAAGCCUUUACAAGACUACAGCCUUUUGGAAUAAUGUGCUGUGGACAGACGAAUGAAAGAUAAAGUUGUUUGGCCACAGUAACAGCAGACAUGUUUGGGGUUGCCGCAUCGCCUCAGGGACUGGACAGCUUGCAUUCAUUGGUUCAACUAUGAAUCAUAUCAAAGAGUGCUUGAAGAUAAUUGUCAGGCCAUCUGUCCGAAAGUUGAAGUGGAACCCAAAGUGGACCUUAAAGUCCUAAGCACACGAGCAAAUCCACCAAGGAACGGCUCAGAAAGAAGAAAUGGAGGGUUUAAAAAAAAAAAUCACCUUGUUAUAACAGCUGCGCAAACUAUUUCAUCAUUCCUAACGUAUUUAGCUUCAACAUCUGUGCAGUUAAGUUCAUGUUCUGAAGUACUUUAAGUACUCUAAGGACACCGUCCUCCCUGCUGAGUAAUAAUCUAAUGCUAAACCAAAAAUAAAUCAUAUGUUGUCUUACAAAAGUGAAUACACUGAAUAUUGCUAGAGAAUUUGGUUACCAGAACCUGAAGUAACGUCUCGUAACACUUUCUAUGAAGGCCAUAGUUACAGUAUAAUAACCUUUGGAAACAUUCAUAACUUUUAUGAUGACAUUAUACAUGUUGUUAUGUAUUAAUCUAUUUAUAAUUAUUUAUUGACAUGCAUUACCGUUUGUAUCAACGUUACGCAUUAUGAAUUAAUACAUAGUGUUCAUAACACACAUCUCGCAUUACAACAGUGCCACAGAACCUUCUAGUGUGUGAUAGUGCAUUAUGUUUAGUUUUAGACAGAUUGCUUUUUCUAUUAUUAUUAUUAUUAUUAUUAUUGUUGUUGUUGUUAUUAUUUCUGUCAUACACUGUAAAUAAAUGUAACUUCAUAAAAAGCAUGAAUUAUAUAUUAAAUAAAAGGUUGUU